AUCGCCUUCUUAAUGUAAGGGAAGAGGCAAGAAUGAGGCCACUGCUUCAGCAUGCUUCACGCUCGCUUACCGCUAACAAGGUAGUGUCGCCAUCGUCGUCUUUUGGCGGUUUUUUCCGCACCGCGUCGUCGGUAUGCUCGUGUCAGUCUCGCACAACUUCCGAGGCAUCUCGCUGGCAUGGAGGGGUGCGAUUGAGCGCCCAUGAGGCACGAACAUGGUCGCGACGUGCUUUCAGCAGCUCUGCAAGAUGGAGAGAAGAAGACCGGCCGUCAAAACCCUCGGAUCCCAUUGCAAUGCCACCGCCCGCAUCAGAGUCCAAGCCUAUACCACAACCACCAACCAAAUUAUCCGGAAGCUCUCCAUCUCCAGAAGAUCAGGAGCGCUUGCAAAGGAGACUCGAUGCGUUGCUUGAGGAUCAGAAAGCAAUCAAGAGAGCUGCCGAGAAUGCUGAGGCGGCAUUGAAAGAUCCACCGCCUGUCCAAGCCCCGGAACCUCCCCCACCAGAACCCCCAGCGGCAUCACCACCUAGAGACGAAGCCGUAGAUACUAUAGCCCGCGUUCCUGAUGAGCAAUUACCGUCUCACCGCGAGAGACAGCGAUGGAGUCUCUCCAAACGCUUCUCUGAUGCCAUGGACGACCUUCUGCCAAAGCUUGCAGUCGUCACACAAAAGGUUAACACAUAUACGGGAACAGACUAUUCUGGCGUCGAAGCACUACGGAGAGAGAUUAAGGAGCAAGAAAAGCUGGUAAAAGCCCGUCGCUUGGCCAUCGACUCCGCAAAACAAGCCCUUGACACCGCCCUCGCCCAUCAAGCUACAUCCCAAAAAGAAGUCGUCGCCCUUCUCGAACGCAAGCACUCAUGGUCCAAUGGCGACCUAGAACGCUACAUGGCCCUGAUCCGCUCCGAGCACAUCAACGACCAAGCAGUCCGCGAGGCCAAAGACGCCGUCGCGAAUGCCGAAAACGCUUUGGAAGAUGCGAGGGCACAGCUAGAGAAAAGAGAGCGUGCACAGUAUCACGAGGAGCAAAUCUGGAGCGACACUAUACGCAGGAACAGCACGUGGGUCACGUUUGGCCUCAUGGGCGUCAAUAUCUUCUUGCUAUUGCUUAGCUUGGCAAUCCUGGAGCCCUGGAGGAGAAAGAGGAUGGUAAGGGAAAUCAAGACCGUGUUAGAAACGCAACAGAAGGUAGCCAUGGAUGCUGCCUCUGUAACCGCUCCAGUUGCCGCAAUAGCGCCUGCCUCAGUGCCGAUCGACACUGUCAUCGAGCAAGCCCCCACAGCAGCCCCUACCCCAUCUGCUAUCGUGGAAGAAGCUGUGGAAGAAUCGCCAACGGCCGAGACCCUAGCUACAGACCCGGUAGAGCCCGAAAUCAUCCCGGAACCAAUCACCGAGACCUUCGUUGACCCAGCGCCCGAGUCAGCAACGUCUGAACCCGAACUUCUGAACCAAGAAGAAGCUGCCAUGACACCUGAAGAGCGCAUCGCCGUCGAGAAAGAAGCGGCUCCUUCGCGCGAGCCCCAUAGGAAGUUUGCGACAUGGCAGGAAAAGGCGACUUUUAUAGCUCAAGAUAUUGUCAGCGAGCGUGUCAUUUCGAUGCGGAGGAUAGAUUACACGACUGCCAUUCUCCAGGGCGCGGCGGCAGGAGCCGUCAUUGCGGCCACCAUCAUCUCCAUGUUGAGACCAAAUUAAAUCUCACUGCGGCACCUUCAUGGUUGUACGAGUAGUACAUGUGUAUAAAUAAGACGUAGAUAAUUUUACUCACAAAGAGUAGAAAUGUAUUAGUGAGACGAUCAAUUCUUCGUUAACAUCC